GCUCUACCCUCCGUCGAAAUAAACCGGUGAAAAAAACACCCUAAGAUCGAUCCCUCUUUCACACAGCAGAUCGAUCUCCGUCGCCGCCCGAUCCACCCCUACGCCCAGUCCGCGACGGAUCCAUCCAUGUGAGAUCCAAGAUCGCUGCCGCCAAGGUCCAAGAUCGCCGCCAUCGACCUCUGAGAUCGCCAUCCCUUUCUAUUUCUGGUUCGCUGGCCUCUCUCCCUUUUCCCAAUCUCUCUCUUUUGUGCGCGUGCAUCGCUGCCGGCGUCCACUACUGGCCGCCUCCGCCGUCGAUUGGUGCCCCCAUUGCGCUACCGAUGGACUUCUUGCCGGCCGCAACCUCGACGAUCCUUCUCUCCAUGCGCCACUGUUUCCCUUGCGUUGCAGCCGCCCCACGAUCUCCACCUCCGCAAUGGCGUACGAGGCCUUCCCACAUAUGGCAGAUCGAUCUGAGACCCAUGGCCGAGGUCGCCGAUGCGCCCCACCGCGCCGUGCGUGGGGUCUCCACCUCCCCUCCCCAUAUUCGUCUCUCAGCCGGUGGCAGGUCUUCUUCGGGGCCUCUGCACAACGGAAGCGCCUCCCUCCCCCCUCUCCCCGUCCGAGCUCAACGCCAUCUCCGCGCUCAUCCCGCGACUCAUCUCCGAGGGCCAUGUCCCCGCCGCCGGCCGCCUCCUCUCCGCGGCGCUCCUCCUGCCCGGCUCCCCGGAGCGCCUCCCGUUCCCUCCGCUCGCGGAGCACCUCGCCUCCCUCCCCACGCUCACCUCGGCCUUCGCCCUGCUCACCGCGCUCCGCCACCACCCCGUCCGCCCCUCGCCGCUCCCGCUCGCCACCUCGCUCCUCGGCGACCUCCUCGCGAUGCGCCGCGCCCACGAGGCCGCCUCCGUGCUCCGCUGGCUCUGCCGCCCCGACUCCCCACGCCGGCCCGACGCCGCCACCUACGGCAUCGCCGUCGCCGGGUUCUGCAGGCUCAGGGACCCCAAGAGCGCGCUCGUCGCCCUCGGCGAGAUGGCCUCCGACGGGGUUCCACCCUCGCUGGAGCUGCAGGAGGCGGUGCGGGAUGCGAUGCUGCAGGACGCGAGGAUCGAGGAGGCGUGGGCGCUGGAGGAGGCUAUGCGGCCGCUGGAGUCCAAGAAGACGGGGACCAAGGCGGCGCGUCAAGAGAGAGAGCUUCGGGUGAGAGAGAGAGAGAGA